CCGCGCGGUGCAUUCCGCUCAUUCUCCGCGCCACCCGGAAAGGCGGCUCCCAGCCAUGGCUGCGGCGAGACCCUGGGACCCGGCGUCCGAGCCAAACGCUGCGGGGCUACUGCUGGGCCGUUUCGUAGCUUCGGGGUUGGUUACUCAGGAGAUGUUAAAUAUAUCUAAGAAAUCAACUUCUUGCUUUGUGAACUUCUCCAGACUACAGCAGAUCACAGAUAUUCAAGCUGAAAUCUACCAGAAAAACCUGGAAAUUGAACUCCUAAGACUAGAAAAAGAUGCAGCAGAUGUUGUCCAUCCUUCCUUUUUGGUUCAGAAGUGUCAUACUCUGCAAAGUAUGAAUAAUCACUUGGAAGCGGUGCUAAAAGAAAAGCGAUCCCUCAGGCAAAGACUUUUGAAACCCAUGUGCCAAGAAAACUUGCCUAUUGAAGCUGUUUAUCACAGAUACAUGGUGCAUUUGCUGGAGUUGGCAGUAACUUUCAUUGAGAGAUUAGAAGAUCAUCUUGAAAUAAUUAGAAAUAUCCCUCAUUUAGAUGAAAAUCUAAAGAAAAUGAGCACAGCUUUAGCAGAGAUGGAUAUUUUGGUGGCUGAGACAGCAGAACUGGCAGAGAAUAUACUCAAGUGGCGAGAACAACAGAAGGAAAUUUCCUCUUGUAUCCCCAGAAUAUUAGCUGAAGAAAAUUUUCUUCAUAAAUAUGAUGUUACAAUGCCUCCUUAACCUUUUACUUGUAAAGUUAAUGUUCAAACUAUUAAUGCAAAGUAAUUAUCAAGUUUUUAUUUUUGUUUAAUUAUAUGUAGUCAUGUGAAGUCCAUUUCUAGUCAAUUAUAACAUGGGUAUUUAUAGACUUUGCCACUAGCAAUACUGAAAGAGCCCUCUUUAUAUUGAAAUACCAAGAUUCUAAGUUCAUUAAGACAAAACUGAAUUUUCCUUUGUUUUUCAUGUAUUUUCAUUCCACUUUUCAAUAAAACUCAAAUAUAACUAUGAUAAUUAAUGUGAGUGCAUUAACCAUAUCUUAGGCAGCAGACUUUAUUAUGUUGUUUUUUAAAAAAAUGCUUGUUUCUGAGUUAGAAGAGUCUUGAGUCUGAAAGUAUGUUGCUUAUUCCUGUGAGAUUGUCACUAAGUAUGCAAAAAAGAGCAAAAUAGCAGACCCGACCGCUAUCCUUUGAAAGGCCUGCUUGUAAGGUUGGUCCUUGGCUAGCAUCUGGGAACUUAGAUUUCUAGGGUUCCUUCCACUCUCACUGAUAAGAGUUGCUCGCUGUGACUAAGGCAUUUGUACAGUGUGGUUUGUGCUGAACACCAGCUUUCUUCCUGGGAGUCUAUAGAAUUUUGGUAUAUGCUAGGCAGAAGGUACCUAUAUGACUAGCCUGCAAUAUAAUAACCCUGGCACUGCAUCUUUUAUAAGCUUUUGUGGUAGACAACAGUUCACACAUGUCACAACUCAGUUGCUGGGGGAAUUAAGCACAUCCUGUGGGACUCCACUGGCAGGGACUCUGGAAGAUUGUGCCUGGUUUCCCCUGGACUUUGCCCCAUACACCUUCCCCUUUGCUCUUUUGCUUUGUAUGCUUUUGCUGUAGUAACUCAUAGCCAUGAGUAUAGUCAUAUGCUGAGGCCUAUGACUCUUCCAAGCAUAUCAUCAAACCCAGGAGGUGGGGAGGGUGCUCUUGGGGACCCGACACAAUAAGCAAUUCCAGAGGGUGUUCACUGGCAGCCUUAGAAAUAGGCAAGGAAGAAAAGUAGAGCAAAGCAAAGAAAAAGGCACAUUAUUGUAAAACUUAUAGAGGUUUUACCUUAUAAAUUGCUCAGAUAUUUUAUCUGAGAUUAUUAUGCAUAUAAAAGGAACUGGUAUACUAAGUCUCAGGAUGCUUUCAUUUAUAUCAUUAGUACAACUACCCUUGGCUUAUUUUCAGACUUGGGGGUCUCUUU